AGUCGCAAAUCGCACGUGCUUCGGUAAACAAAUCGCAUUGUUGGAUACUCUCUAUCGGCGGAAUUGGUACUUCACGCUUUAAAGCGCUCUCGUUUAUUUACAUUUACAAAGAAAAGUGCGUCAAUUUUUCAAUCGAAACUUGAAUGAUAUUUUUUAUCUUGAUUGGAUAAAAAAAUGAAUAUGAUUUAUCCAGCGAUAAUUUUCGCUCACUGACAAUUAUACUGUGGAUUAAUUAGAAAGGAUAUUCAUAGAGUAAAAAAAGGAUUCCACAUUUUAGUUUUUAAUGUUGCCGGCAGUGUCGUACGUCGUGGUGGUAUUUUUUCUGUGGGGAUGUGCGGCAGGUGUGAGUGCAGACGAUCAAGGAUGCUAUACGUCCGGCAGCGUAGCCGGCAUCGUAAUAGCUUCGAUUGUGGUUACGCUUGUCUCGGGAGGAUUAGCUCUGGCAUUUGUUUGGUAUUUAUGGAAACAACGAAAAGGAGUAUGUGUUAAUGGCAAAUCGCAAGACAAACUGAUUUCAUGUCCACCAAUGACACCUGACAAGCAGCUAAUAGUGCAUGAGAAGAACGACUACGCUUUUGACAACCCUUACUUCAAAGAUGACGAGACUGACGCCCCCACGUCUGACACCGCAGAGAAAGGUGAAACGGGAUUCCAUGUGGAUAAUGGCGACAUCACGCCUGCGCAGAAUGCCAAGACUUCCAAUGGGACAACAGGACAGCACAAGAAGAAUCGUCCUUUCUCCAGUUUACCUUUCCAUGUGUUCCAUCCUUCAGGAAAGAAGCAGCGGGCAACUAUGGACGAUACAUACAUAUCCAAGCACUUGGAACGUGUGACAGUACCCCUUCGUGGACAUGACUUCACUGGUCUGGGUUUCAACAUUUGUGGCAACAUGAGGGAUGGUAUUUUCGUCAAGGAUGUUCUACACAGAGGACCAGCUUCGGAAUCAGGAAAGAUUAAAGCAGGAGAUCGCAUCAUUGGUGUCACUGUGUCUUUCGCUGCAAUGGUUUACGAGGACGCCCUUACCAUUCUAUCUUAUGCAUCCCCGUACGAUGUCCGACUAGAAAUCGAGAAAAGUGCUACUGCUGACCCCUUGCCGCCCACACACUCUCCCAAACGACUCGGGGGCACUUCUACCAGCUUCCGUACCAGCGACGGCAGAAGGAGGCUAUUCCAUCCACUCUACAGAAGCCAGUCCAUAGAUGACUUGACGCAGAUUGGAAAAGAAGGAUUCUUCCUGGGGAAUAAUUCCGUCUCAGGUAGUCAAAGGGAAUCCGGAUCUUCAGCAACUCCGAAGCGUUCUCAGAGUGUGGAAGCUACCAAUGGUGGACCAAAAGCCCGAGCAGCCCUUGCACUCACAAAACCCUCCGUGGAGGACGUUGCCACGAAAAUGGUGAUCACCACAAACAAGGGCAGUCGCAAAUCCAGUACUUCCAGCUGUGAAUCUGCAAAUAAAGUAACUACAGUUACAGUCCCAGAGCCAGUAAAAACAGAACAAGCCUCGCCAAAGGAAGAAAAAGAAGCCUGUUCUAAGAAGGAAAUCAAGAGCUCCCGUUUCAGAGUGGAGCAAACAUUGGUGAAGACGGAAGCCCCUGCAUCUCAGGCUAAGCAAAUUCCUCCUAAACCUGCAAGAGAUACCUCUGAAGACAAACCAAUUCCUCCUUCUGCUGAUGACGGAGUGGAGAAAAAUGCCGAAAUACAGGAAAAGAAACCAAAUGCCUCGCCUUCCGAGACACGUAUACAGAUGGAACCUCCGGUCUUUGCCGAGGAAAACGGAGACGGCGAGAAGCCAACUGCACCCCCGCGCAAAGCUGGGACACCUGCUAAAAGAAGAGCUCCAGCACCACCCCCUGCACCUAAAACUGAAGCUGUAAUACACAGGACGGAUGAACAGACUUCUGAAUUAACAAAAGUAACACCAGAACCAGUUCUUGUUGAACCAGAUCCUCCGUUACCUGAUCCUCCAGCCCCGCCUUCGUCAGAUAUUCCAGACCUGCCUUCCAGUCAGCCCACCUCUGAACCGGACAUCCGAUCAUCCGACAAUUCUUCUCUUUCAAGUAGGGGUCAGGACACUUCGGAACCUUCAAGUCCGGGAAAGAGGAAAGCUUCGUCUCUGGGAGACUUGACGAAGCUGGACCCAAAGACCCACAAGGCCUCCACUGCUGCUGCCAUUUUGGAGAGGGCCGUAUCACUUGAUUUGCAGCAAAGUCUUCCUGGUGAGAACCUAAUAAAACAGAAAAAAAUUCUCCGAGCUCCAACAUUUGAGGUCGAUUACGAUGAAAACAAGGAAGGAGAUACAAACGAUGCUGAAGUCAGCCCGCUAAAACGUUGGGAUGCUGGACUUGAAGAGGCAUUGAUCGAAUCCACCAACAGCGAAAUAAUAAAAAUAACAGAAACAUUAAAUCUGGAAAAAGUCGCAGCUGAUGUAUCUGUUCUCAAAGAUGAUAUCAAAGAAGAAUCCAAAACAUUACUUAAUGAUAUCACUGCUACCUUCAAUUCCAAAAUGGAUGGCAUUGUCUCAGAUAUCUCCAAUGUAUCACUUCCCGAAAAACCAGACUUAGAGACAAUAGACUUAGAUAUCGGGCCUCUUCCAGACGAAAUUGAAUUGCUCAAGUCCGAAAUCUCUCACGAAGCACAAGUUACUUCAACACCUGCCAGAAAGCUUAUAGAAGUGAAAGAUUUUUUGAAAGAUGAUGACGAUUCCAUGGAUGAUAUCCCCUACUUGGGUUCUGCAACUCCUCAGUAUAAUGGGGAAAGCACUACCGUGAAACAUUCCAUUACUACCCGAAGUUCUACCGUACCAAACCUAUCGCCAGUAGUUAUUAGCAUACCCGUCAUCAAGCCAGAUUUAACACAUUAUGAGAAGCUGCCAAGUCCUCCUCCAGCCAGUACUCAUCCAGGACUAGAUACAAGUUGGCGACUGUCUUCCAAAACGACUACAAAUAUUUCUCCAGACAGUUCACCACUGGAGAAGAAAGCACCAUCGAAGUCAUCUCCAGAAGAAAAUGGCAAAUCGGCUUUAGAAAGAAUAUCCGUCCAAUCCUUGUACAGGCCGAUAUUUUCCAACAAAGAAUCAUCAGUUACGGAUGAAUCGGCUGUUUCAGAAAACAACAAUAAUACUCAACCCGAGAAAUUGGUCAACGGCAACGACUCCGACUCAUCUGAACACUACAGCACAGCUCAGGAAACUACUGCUUCUUCUGUAGAGAAUAAUUCCACGUUGUCCGUGACACUUUCGUCGUCAACAGUCGGUAAUAACGUGGCAGCCAAGACACCCAAUAAUGUCGCUGGCUUCGCCAAAACUUUGAUUAUACCCAGUCCGAACGAUGUAGAAAAUUUGCUCAAUUUGGCGAAGGAACCGAAUACACCUCCGCCAAAUUUAGAACCCCCACCAAUUUCGGUGGACAAUGACUGAAAAAACAGACAUGUGUUGCGGAUUAUUUUUCAGUUCAGGGAUAUGCUGUAUAUAAUAGCUUUUGUUUCAAAUCAAGAUGAAGUUUGUGACUAGUCUGUGCAGCUCAUUGGCAAAUAAUCCUUAAUAGUUGAAUAUAGAGCCAUGUUUGCAUGGUAGCCAGAAACAAUGUUUCGCCAUUUUGUUAAGAGAACUACAUGUUCAGUUCCAUAAUCGAACAAAAGCUGUAAUAUAGCUAACUAUAAUUAACAGCUGAUUAAUCAAUGUAUAUGCUCUAAGAGAAGUAAUUAUAGUGUGCGAAAGUAAUAUCGCAAUAUUUUGGAUGAUGAAAUUGUGCUGAAAUGCAAACACCAUGUAUCAUGAGGUAAGUACGUGAUUUUCCAAUGUAAUUAGACACUUGGCUACGAGUUAUAGUGAUUUGUAAGAAAUACGUAUCCUUGUAUGAUGUUAGCACAUACGAUGAUUUUAUAUCCUACUUUUUUAAGCAUAUGUAUAAAAGAACGUUGUAAAGUUUUAAAAAGAUCUGUUGAUUCUGCUAAGCAUUUUGGAAUGUAAGUAAAUGCUUCUCAUUAUGCUUACUCCUUGUAAAGGCGAGAGAUUUUCAUUAGAUUUUAAUAGAAUGUUGAAUUUAUGUCAGUUUUAUUCAGAAAUAAAAUAAAUAUUUUUUCGAA